GGCCCAUCCUGCUGCGCGGCGCGUGACCCGCGCGCGGGGGGUGUUGCUGGGCCGGGGCGAUGGCGGAGGAGGCGGCCGGGCCCGACGCGCUGGGCGUGCGCGAGGUGCAGCAGCUGGUCCGCAGGAAGGAUGAGCUCGAGGCGCAGAUCAAAGCCUGCUACGCGGUGCUGGAGGGGCAAAAGGGAGUCGGGAUGAACGAGCCGCUGGUCGAUGCUGAAGGGUAUCCACGUGCAGAUGUUGACGUAUACCAAGUCCGUGCAGCCAGGCAUAACAUCAUCUGUUUGCAGAACGAUCACAAGGCCCUGAUGCUGCAAGUGGAGAAAGCUCUCCACCAGCUGCAUGCCCGAGAGAAGGAGAAGCAGGCAAAGGAUGAGGCAGAAGCUCAGGCUGAGGCAAUGAAUCAGAACCAGAGUCUGCCGCAGCCCUUCGCAAGAGUGAAUGCUGUCACCCCAGGUUCUCCCGCUAGCAUCUCGGGAUUACAGGUUGAUGAUGAGAUCAUUGAGUUUGGCUCUGUCGACACACACAACUUCCAGACACUGCAGAAUAUUGCCACCGUGGUGCAGCACAGCGAAGGGAAACCACUGAGUGUGACCGUGAUACGUGGCGGCAAGAAAUUACACCUCGGGCUCACACCAAAGCACUGGGCAGGGAAAGGACUGCUGGGAUGCAAUAUUCUCCCCUUGCAAAGAUAACUGGCUUGGAAGACAAUAAGAUCAAAGUUUGUACUUUUUGAACUCCAACCUGGUUUGAAAAGUUCCCUUUGCAACCUACAUCUACUUGCUGAGGUUGGAGUGUUUAUAAUGGGUUCCGAGGCUCUGACCUCCAGCCUGCCGGAUAUACUGCACCUGAAUUGUUUUCAACAGACCUGUGCGUGGUCAUGAUUAGUAAUUGUACUGAUUCACAGGGAAUAGAUUGUAGAGUCAUAGGACCUGUUUCUGACUUCACUUGUACUGAUGUAAAUCAGGUGUGAGGUCCAUGCUUUUUGUUUAGUUAGAAUCCAUGCCAGAUUAUUCUGUAACAUUUAGUGAAUGUUUUUUUCUGUUUGUUCAUGGGAAGUAACAUUUACCAAUAAAGAGUUAAGCUGGG